AUGCCAAGCACAGCCAUGAAGAAAAAGGUGCUUCUGAUGGGUAAAAGUGGGUCCGGGAAGACCAGCAUGAGGUCCAUUAUCUUUGCAAACUACAUCGCCAGGGACACGCGGCGCCUGGGUGCCACAAUCGAUGUGGAGCACUCCCACGUUAGAUUUCUAGGAAACCUGGUCUUAAACCUCUGGGACUGCGGAGGACAGGACACCUUCAUGGAGAACUACUUCACCAGCCAGCGGGACAACAUCUUCCGCAACGUCGAAGUCCUCAUCUACGUCUUCGACGUCGAGAGCCGUGAACUGGAGAAGGACAUGCACUACUACCAGUCGUGCUUGGAGGCGAUUCUUCAGAACUCCCCCGACGCGAAGAUCUUUUGUCUAGUGCACAAGAUGGACUUGGUGCAGGAGGAUCAGCGGGAUUUG